AUGGUCGAUAUACCCUGGGAUAAAUCCUGCAUCACCGCAUCAACAGACGACGUGGAUUACAUGACAAGUCUGGGAUUAAAGUCCAAUCUGAAGACGACGGCAGAGGAGAAACUGUUUUAUUAUUCUCGUGGGUUGGAGGAUGUCAAACCUGACACUCCAGUUUUGGUGCUGUUGCAUGGGUAUCCGCAGACGUGGAGACAUAUAAUCCCCCUCCUCCCCAAAUCCAUCCCCCUUUUCAUCCCCGACCUCUGCGGCUACGGCCGCUCCUCCCCCCUCACAACCGCGCACAACAAACUCGCCGUCGGACGCACCCUCCUCUCAACCCUCCACUCCAUCCUCCCCUCCGGAUCUACCCCGCAAUCCCUCAUCCUCUGCGGUCACGACCGCGGCGCCCGCAUCGCCCACCGCCUCACAGUUUCCGCCCGCUCCCUCCCCAAUUUCACCAUAACCGGCACAAUUCUGCUCGACAUCAUGCCCACACUCUCGCAAUGGGCGUCCGGUUCCACACCCUCAAAGAGCGUAGGAUUCUACCACUGGUCCUUCCUCCCCAACGUCUCCCUCGCCACCGAAAUGAUCCUCGCGCUCGGCGGCCCGCGAUACGUAGAAAGCUGUAUCCAGCGCUGGGCCGGCUCCGGCAUCCAGACCCUAGAACAGCAUAACGCGAUGAGCGUCUACGGGCGCGCGUUUAGCUAUGAACAUGUGAUCCGUGCGAGCUGUGAGGAUUACCGCGCGAGUGCUUUUGAGGAGGUGGAGGAGCAUGAGGGUGAUCAGAGGGACGGACGGAAGAUGGAGGGACGUGUGGUGGUGGGGUAUUCGAAGGGGUUUUUGGGGCAGAGGGGGAGGGUUGAGGAGUGGGGGCAGUGGGUGGGUGAGGGGGGACGGUUGGACUUUAGGGGGUUUGAGGGCGGGCAUUUUGUUGCUGAGGAGUGUCCUGAGGAGGUUGCGGAGAUGAUUGGGGAGUUUUAUGGGGGGGUGUAA